AUGAUUAAACAUCGAGAUUCAUUGGUUUUAGAAGCUCUUCAAAUAGUUAGUUUAUGUCUAGUUUGGUAUGGUGUAUCAGCAGCAGGCAAUGUUAUUGUCAAAGAACUACUUAAUGAAUUUCCAUUUCCAUUAACAGUUACACUUGUACAACUUUUCAGUGUCUGGAUUUUUAGUAUCCCACUUCUUCGCAUAUGGAAAGUUCCAUCGCCCGAUUAUCUUCAUCAAAAUCGAAUUUAUUAUUUCAAAAUUAUUAUUCCUUUAGCAAUAGGCAAAUUUCUUGCACAACUUUCAUCUCAUGUUAGUCUUUGGAAAGUACCUGUUUCAUAUGCUCAUACAGUCAAAGCAACAAUGCCUUUGUUCACUGUAAUUUUGUCUCGUUUAAUUUUACGUGAAAAACAAUCAUUUCCUGUUUAUUUUUCACUUGUUCCUAUUAUUGUUGGUGUGAUUAUAGCAACAGUUACAGAAAUUUCAUUUAAUUUUGUUGGUCUUAUCAGUGCAUUACUUUCAACAUUUGGUUUUUCAUUACAAAAUAUUUAUUCAAAAAAAUCUCUCAAAGAUAUUUCAAUUCAUCAUUUUGCAUUACUUGCUUUAUUAGCUAAAAUAUCAUGGUGUUUAUUUGUACCUUUUUGGUUUUUUUAUGAUGGAAUGGAUAUAUAUUAUGAUACGAAAUACGUGACAUGCUCACAAUAG